AUGUCUAAAGGAAUUAAUGUACGGAGGCUCCUAGCUAAUAGAUACUUCUAUAUCGGAGGAGAAUCCGGGAUAACUAGCGUUUUUAAGUACCGACUACGACCGAAGUACGUAAAAUACGCGACGGAGGGCUAUUACUAUAGUCGCUAUGAUUAUACGGUUCCGAAGUACGUUUUAUACGAUAGACCACACGAAUCGUAUAGUAAGAACUACCGGAAGCUCUACCCGUUAUAUUAUAAAUAG